CGCUGCGAUGUUAUACACUACAAAUUCAGGUAGCAUCACACUGCUUGACUCGAAGCCAGCGUGCAUUUUGCGAGCUGAAGCUUCAGCUAGAACAUGGCAUCAUCACAUGCUGCUGCCGCUCCAUUCUUGCUCGUGCUGCUACUCCAACUAUGCUCCUCGGGUUUAGCAUUGCCCAGUAAGUUCAUUGACCAGACCUGUCCUCCGGAGCGGCUGCCGGCGGUGGCUCUGCUCUCCAAUGGCGGACCCUUCUUGUGCAAUCCGCCGGCGCCGCGCGUUCCGGUGGCCGUGUUCCCCCACGACGUUGACCCGGUGCAGUUCGCGCUGAACCUGGAGUACACCGAGGCCGAGUUCUUCCUCCACGGCGCGUACGGCGCGGGGCUCGACGAGGCCGCGCCGGGGCUGGCGCGGGGCGGGCCCCCGCCGGUGGGCGCCAGGAAGGCCAACCUCGACGAGGAGACGAGGCGCGUCGUCUCGGAGUUUGCCCUCCAGGAAGUUGGGCACCUGAGGGUUAUCCAGCAAACAGUUGGCGGGUUUCCACGGCCGUUGCUAAACCUCAGCGCCGACAACUUCGCCAGGGUGAUGGACAAUGCGUUUGGGUACCGGCUGAACCCUCCCUUCGACCCCUACACCAACAGCCUCAACUUCCUGCUGGCCUGCUACGUGAUCCCCUACCUCGGCAUAAACGGCUACGUCGGCACCAACCCCAUCAUCGACGGCUACAAGACCAAGGAGCUCGUCGCAGGGCUGCUGGGGGUGGAGGCAGGGCAGGACGCGGCGUUCCGGACGCUCCUCUUCCGGCGCCGCGGCGAGGCCGUGCCGCCGUACAACGUCACGGUGGCCGAGUUCACGGACCGCGUGUCGGCGCUGCGCAACCGGCUGGGGCGGUGCGGGGUGAAGGACGAGGGGCUGACGGUGCCCCGCGAGCUGGGCGCCGAGGGCGCCAUCUGCACCAACGUGCUCUCCGCCGACAGGGACUCGCUCUCCUACUCCCGGACGCCCGCCGAGCUUCUCAGGAUCCUUUACCUCACCGGCGACGAGCACGUGCCCGGCGGGUUCUACCCGGAUGGCGCCAACGGGAAGAUCGCCAGGUCGUUCCUUGGCAAACCACGUGGCGCCAACGAGUCGCCUAAAAACUAAGCUAAGCUAGCUGCCGGCCGGACCUUUGGUAGCUUCAUGGUAUCUCUAUGAAUAUUGAAUAAUGAACCUUAAUUUCAAGUGAACAAGGAUCAGCUUGUGUGAGCCUAAAUAUAUGUAUUGUGAACCUUAAUUUGAAGUGGACAAGGUUGUGCGCCUAUUUUCUAUACGACCAUACAAGAAAGGUAUUUGUGCCUACGAGAACUGAUCACGUUGGUGCAAACAUUGUCUUCUUAUGGGCCCAAUGUGAUUGUCUUCUUAAUAAAAUUGGGAAGGUUGGGAAGGUU